AUGAGACAAACUUAAUGGGACGAUAGAAAAAAGGUAAAACGAGACAAUGUCAGGAGAAAGAAGAAAUUAGAGUACUCCCUACUAUUCAAGGACAAGAGAAUGACUGUAUUGAAUACAGGAAUUAAAAGUAAACUAAAUACCCAAGCUGCAUGUGAAAGGAGAUGCAUGAGGAUAGAGGAGAUAGAUGGGGGUGCUUACAUCUGCCUUACUCAAAAUUAGUCACUUGCAGAGCAUGCAUGAUAGACGUGUUUCCCAUCAUUGCGGCCAGAGCUCCUUCGGAAGAAGCGGCGAGACAGAAGUUGAUCAACGGUCGGCCUCUGAUUAGGGUCAGUGGCCAGACAUUCCAUCACCACCUUUACGAAGCUUUUGGAAAAUGAAUUUGCGCCAGUAGUACUGUCAUAGCCUUUAAAUGGAGAGCUGAAAGGCACCAGUUUUUGGACGUAAUGCUUCAACGUCUUCUCUUUACAAUGGAGCCCACCCUUGGUGGGAAGUUUAUUGUUUACAAGAAUCUGUUCCACAACAUAAUCCAAGGUAUAUCGAUUCGAGACAUUUAGCCGUCGGCCGUAAGCCAAUUCGAGCGCGGUGAUUCCCACGAGCCAAACGUCGGACUUCUCGGUGUAGGGCUGAUUGCCAUAGUAGACUUCUGGCGCUGUAGACGAAUAUAAGGAGGUGUACUCCUCCGUAUAUUCAUCGUCUUCAUAAAGAGCGGCGGCGUAGCCUAAACAGAUGUUGGAGAAGUUGGGUUUCUCAUAUAUAAGCCAAGGCCUAUCCCUUUCCAUACGGUUAGGGGUGCGUCUCUGCUUAGGAGUGUGAUUACAGAGGUAAACGUGAGCGGCGCUAAUAUCUCCGUGGAGCAAGCGGUUUUUAUGCAGAAAGCCGAGGGCAUUGAGAACAGAUCGGAGUGCACUGAGGAUGAGAUCCUCCGGAAGCCCUUUGGGAAAGUCGCUCUUCAUCAGGCUUCUCAGAGAACGGAUGGGAAACGGCUUUAUAGCCACGCAGAACUUCUGGCAUUUAGGGUCCGUGAAAUGGUGCCUCACUCUCAACAGAUUCGGGUGCAUAUCUUCGAAGCCCUGGUUUCUUCUCAAAUCUUCCUUCACCCUGGAUAUGGAUUCCGGAUCCUGAACUACCUUGAGGGCAACAAAAUUCCGGGAGACCUUCGUACUAUAGGACCCAGGCCCAGACGCGUUGAUUAUCGUUUUAAUGCAAGCACCUUUGUGGACCGUAAUGGUAUUCUUAUUGCCACCGAAAGAACAGCUGCCAACUGAGUCAAUGGCCACUACGAAAGUCCUUAGAACACUUACAGGAGGUAAACGGAAGAAAGGGUGAUGUCGAGUUAGUUCAUAAUCGUACCUCUCGUGCGUCUCCUCGUCGAUGCUUACAAAAAUCUCUGUGCAUAGUUGGACACUCCCGAUCGAGUCCGGCAGAGAAUUGCGAUGGAAGAAGAAGGUGGAGCCCGGAGUCUGCAUCUCACUUAUCUGUUCAAUUCG